AUGACUGAAUUCUUACUGUCGCGGCGCGGGUUGACGGCCUCUCUCCCAUCCCUUCGACGGCAUCCCCGCACCCACUUCCGACAGAUAUCGACCGGUAGGAACAAAGCAGCUUCGCACUAUAGUACAGCCUCCUCGCCUGCAGAGAAUGAACAGAAUGACACGAAACCCCUCCCCACCACUUAUUUCCCCAAUUCUGACCUCUCGACUCCAAAACCUUCCUCGCGAUGGACUGCCUUGAAAACUGCGAAGCCGUUUUCAGACUUCUUGACGGAUACCUUCAACCGCCAACAUGACUAUCUCCGAAUCAGCAUCACCGAGCGUUGCAACCUCCGAUGUGUAUACUGUAUGCCGGAAGAAGGCGUAGAGCUUUCGCCACCGGCCCGCCUGCUCACAUCCCCCGAGAUAGUGUACCUUUCCUCCCUUUUUGUCUCGCAAGGGGUAACGAAGAUCCGCUUAACAGGCGGUGAACCGACUGUUCGGAAGGAUAUUGUUCCUUUGAUGCAGUCAAUCGGCGAUCUACGACGCAACGGGCUUCGUGAGCUAUGUCUUACAACCAAUGGAAUUUCGUUACACCGGAAAUUGGAACCUAUGGUUGAGGCGGGUCUCACUGGGGUAAACCUCAGUCUCGAUACUUUAGAUCCCUUUCAGUUCCAAAUCAUGACGAGGAGAAAGGGGUUCGAUGCUGUGAUGAAAAGCAUUGAUAAAAUCUUGGAACUAAAUAAAAUGGGAGCAGGGAUUAAAUUGAAAGUGAACUGUGUGGUAAUGCGUGGGGUCAAUGACCGGGAGAUCAUCCCGUUCGUUGAGAUGGGACGUGAGAGCCCUAUCGAAGUGCGGUUUAUCGAGUAUAUGCCAUUCGAUGGCAACCGGUGGAACCAAAAGAAGAUGCUGUCGUAUCAGGAAAUGCUGGCGGUUAUCCGGGAGAAGUAUCCAACCCUUGAAAAGGAGGCGGGCCAUAAGAAUGACACUAGUAAAACUUAUCGGGUACCUGGGUUUGAGGGUCGCGUUGGGUUUAUCACUAGCAUGACGCAUAACUUCUGCGGUACUUGCAAUCGUUUACGCAUCACAUCCGACGGAAAUUUGAAGGUUUGCUUAUUUGGCAAUGCCGAGGUAUCGUUACGUGACACUAUCCGGAAAGCGAACAAUGGAGAACCCAUCGACGAGGCUACAAUGAAUAAAUUGCAACUCCUCGAGGCUGCGGACAAAGCCGCUCGGAUUAAUGAGGAGGGUGGACUGGUGGAUGAAAGAGAACGAGAGCUUCUUGACAUUAUUGGCAUGGCUGUCAAACGAAAGAAGGCCAAGCAUGCUGGCAUGGGCGAGUUGGAAAAUAUGAAGAAUAGGCCGAUGAUUCUCAUUGAUGAUGGACCUAUAAGGAAAGCCACAGGCUCAGAGCAGUCUAGAACAUGGGCGGCAUCUGCGGGAAAAAGGCCAUGGUCCAAUAUUCCGACACCCUUGUUCCAGUUCAGCUCGCCUCGUUCGGGCCAAGUCCGUUAUUACCAUGGGGAUCGUAGGAACGCCUCAUCGGAAACGGAACCGUCCGAUUUAAAACGUCAGGGAACUGCGACGUCACUUCCUACGGAUUCUGACCCGGAUCUACCUCAUCUCAAUACCUCGCAAAAUGUGCAUAUGACUAAGAUCAGCCAAAAGGCUGUUACUGAACGUUCCGCAACAGCGACGUGCCUUGUGCGCUUUUCUAAGUUACGCCCGUGGGAGCUACUUCGAGAAGGGCGUGGGACACGAAAAGGUGAUGUCUUCAGUGUCGCCCGAAUCGCUGGUAUUAUGGCUGCCAAGCAGACACCAGAUAUUAUUCCCUUGUGCCAUCCAGGCAUUGGAAUUACGGGGGUCGAGGUGGAUGUCAAAUUGGUCGACCCAUUACCCUCUCAGAAUGAAAUCGAUCCGUCCCUGAACUACGGUGCGAUGCACGUCAUGGCCACUGUGAAUUGCCUUGGUCGCACGGGGGUGGAAAUGGAGGCGAUGACUGCGACUAUGGGAGCUGCAUUAACGAUAUAUGAUAUGUUGAAGGCGGUUGAUAAGGGCAUGGUGAUUGAUGGGGUGAAACUUCUUGAAAAGAAGGGUGGGAAAAGUGGCCACUGGAUCCGGGAAGAACAAGUCGAUCCUGGAACAGGGAUUUGA